AUGAACUUUGAAACCGACCGAGAUUUUUGUUCCACGACAACAGGAACGCCGUUGCCAACCCCGAUGACAACCCCGACACAGUCAGUAACGGAUGGGACCCCAAGCCACGCUGCCUUUCCCCCUGUUAUUACGGUACCCUGUGCAGGGUGGACAUUCCUGAUCCGCCACCAAGUCUCCGGGCUGGUCAUUACUCUGAGGGAGGGUAUACUGACCCUGGAGCACGAAACCCGCAGCAAGGGCUGGGGAGGCUGCCACUGGGCCUGCGUCGAGAACGACGGCUGGUUCGGCUUCCGAAACAUCGUGUCGGGGACAUAUAUCGGGCACAACGGCAAGGGCGAGUUCAUCGCUGAUGCCAAACACCACGGGGGCCACGAGUUCUUCGUGACGAAACCGCAUCCUGAAGGCGGGUACUGGCUGUUGACCUUACACAACUGGAAGUGCAUGAAUAUGGCCAUAAUGGCUGAGCAGACCCCGUCGAAGCUCGUCGUGUCUGCGGAUAGGGGCGCGGCAUGGGAGUUCCUCAGUGUUGAGACCAGUGUCGCUCAGGACUAG